AUGGAGUCUCCAGACCAUAGGACGGACUAUGUUAGUGGUCCGUAUCCUGAGGAAGUUAUACUAGAAGCUUGUAACUUGGAAUGGCAAUCCAUUGAAUUGCGGUACAAACGGCUACAGAAAAUGCGACUACAGUUGCUUGUGGCAAAGAAAAUGGAAGAAGAAAAUCAACGAUAUCAAUGUCAGCUGCGUCGAUUAAAGCGUCAGGAGCAGGAAAAAGAAGCGCGUGAACAAGAAGAACGUCAACAGGAGGAGGCGCGACGUUGUCAACGGGAAAAAGAGAUAAUGAAACAGGAAAAAUGUGAGCAAGAAGAGAAUUUACGUCGUCAGAGGAUGCAGAAACGAGCAGAAGUAGAGAAGAAAAAGAUGCAGAAGAGUCAGGUAGCGGUGAGCGAUAUGCGGAUGGACGAGGACGUGCAUGCACGACGGAGCAAAAAAAAUGACAAUACAAAGAAAGCAAACGUGCUGAAGAGCAAGACACAACAAACCAAACAGGUUAAGAAAACUAAGCCAAAGAGGAUCACGCCUAUGAGUUUGCCACCGUUACGGCCGAAGAAUGCCGAGUCUGUAGCAAAAGAGAGUCACAAUGAACUGGAUGGAGAUGACAGCUCGCCAUCGGAAUUGCCUGAUGAUGGUCUGGCCGAUCUAUUGUCGCUUGAUAAGGGCAGUGAUUCAGAUGCUGAUGACGAGCCGUCAAUGGUGAGUUUGAUUCUGCCAGUUGCCCAAGACUCACCGAAGCUCUUGUCUUUAGAGAAAAAGACAUCAACACCCAUGAAAAAGUUUGCAAAGAAGAGAGGUGGUGUAGCACUUGAUUUUGACUUUACGAAUACGGAAGCUAAGCGGCAGGCAAAAGCAGCUAAGGCUGCUUGGGAUAAACAAGAUAGGAGCAACGACGAUGACGCCGAACCAGAACCGAUGCCUGACCCGUCGAUUUCAGACCCCAAAAAGCGUUUGAAACGUCGAAAGGAAGUUGCAAAGGACUACCAGAUACGAAACGGUGGUAAUACGUUGGGAGGAGAAAAGUUGAUGGCAGCCACGGCAAGUAGGACGAUUGCAGUCAAACCUAAGAAGGGCACAACGAGUGACGAGGUUACUACAGAGACGAAAGUAGUGCGGAAAAAGACGAUUGGAAAUGGCACUGUUUCGAAUGGCUCAUUGACAACGACAAUGUUGAAGAAUGUACAGUUGUUAGCCGAAGCAGAGGGAAAGACAUCUAGCUUGUCGUUAAAAAAGAUAAAGAAUGGCAAAACGGAGACGAUGUCGAUCAAGCAACGGUUGGCGAAUGCCGAGUUACUUGCACAAAUGAAUAAGAUGCAAGAUAUGAACACGCCAAAAGUUUUGCACAAGAAAACAAAGAAGACGCAGAAGCAGGAAGUGGCAAAGACAUUGGCUGCAAAGCGGUCUGAGAUGCGAAAGGUGUUGUCCAGUGGUACAGAAGAGGCAGACGCAAGUCGACCCGACCAAAUGAUCGAGGAGGGAGACUUGAAUAUCAGUCUAAAUAGCAGUGGAUUAAUUAGCGAUAACGACUUGCCAGAGAAUAUCCAUGGUCCGACGCAGAAACGACCAAGGGCAGAAGAAGGGGAUGUAACACCUACGAAGAAGCUACAAUUUCUUGAGAUCACCAAGCGGUUGGUUAAGUCGCCGAUGCCGCGAUUUUUGCGAACUCCUACGCCGCUUACCUCACCAUUAGUUCCAUCAGCUUUCGUCAAUUCAAAGGCUGCGUCACCAGCUCCUCGUGCUGCAAGCGCUCGCAACACAGCACUAAAUGGUUAUGAGACGCGCUGUAUGAAAUCAGCGCCCGUUGGGCCGAAGAAAACGAUCAAUCCGAACCGGUUUGGUGUUCCAAAAGGUGGCAAUAGUGUUAGCGCAGGCGGUGCUAGUUUUUCAAUGUUUGAUGCGUUUGUAAAUAGUGGCACUAGUGGGGCGAUUCCACGAUUAAGAACGAAAGCUCAAGGAAACGUGUAG